UGUAAUUAUAGAUCCCCAAGGGCGAAAAACUGUGUUCUGCUAAGUUGAAGAACAGGUCUACAUUGUUGUUAUUGUGCUCAUAAUUAGGCAUUAGGUUUGGAGCUAGAACUGGCGGCCAUUUUGAGGAGGAAGUAGUGUGUGGUAGAGACAGAUCUUACGCCUGCCAGUGUCUGUUUGUUGUUUCUAUCCGACUCGGAGACUCUGCCAACAUGCCGACUAUGUCGAAUAUCGUCGAUAGCCAGUAUUUCGGGGCCUGCGACUACUUCAAAACCAGUGAGGAGGGGCGGGAAAUGUACGUGGGAACCCAGUUCGUCCACUGUGGAAUCUUUCCUUGCGAGGCCAAAAAGAGUUUCCUGGUGACGUCAGACACGUCAGAAGCUAUCCCACUUCCCGCGGUGGUGGGCAGGUCCGUGAGGUGGGCGUGGCUUCGGACCCUGGCCUGGAUCUGUGCGGUAGUCGCCAUUAAAGGAGUCGUUAUCGGAAUAAUAAUAGAGGUGCGGAGUGGGGGACGAGUAAAUAUUAUGGCGUGGUGGCUGCCACUAGUCGCUCUGUCUGCAGUGUUUCUGGGGCUCGCGAUUUUCCUCAAGUUCUACAAACCGAAGGCCACCGAAGAAAGCAAACAGAAGUACCAGAGAUAUCUGCUUGGUCUCCUGGCCGACUCGCGCCGCCGUCGUGGCCAGGCGCCCCAGGACCGGCACGAGCAGAUGGCUGCUGCGGCCGCGGUCCACGGUGGCCCCGCCGACGAAGUCAUCACCAUUGAGCCCCACCCGCCCUACCUUGGUCCGCGCAAGGACGAUGCCAAUAUCCCACUGAUAGCUUGUAGUCCUACUAGCAACCCAUCAGCUGGGAACUAG